AUGAUCAUUACAACAUGGAUUAUGUAUGUUCUUGCCCGAAAAGGUGUAGGCUUCCCCUUCCCACCAAAAAUGAGUUCGGACAUUGAAGUUGUGGAAAGCGAGGCUGUGUCUGUGGUACAGCACUGGUUGAAAAAAACUGAAGAGGAGGCUUCCCAAGGCAUAAAGGAAAAGCUAUCCAGCAACUACUCUCCCACCCAUGGCCAAGACAUCCAUGUGACCAGAGAUGUGGUGAAGCACCAUCUCUCAAAGUCUGAUUUGCUAUCAAACCCGAGUCAAGAGGUUCUGGAGGAGAGAACUAGAAUCCAGUUCAUAAGAUGGAGUCAUACCCGAAUCUUCCAAGUUCCAAGUGAGGUGAGAGAGGAUGCGAUUCGAGACCGGAUAGAGCAGGUGCGACGAAGCAUAUCGCACCUGGCAGUUGAUUCGGGUCAUAGCCCAUAUGUCACAUCUUCCUAUUCAGACUGCUAA